AUGCCAUCAGUAGUAGCCCUCGACCUCUGCCAGCUUUUUGCCCGGUCCGUCGCCCGGACGCCAGACCAGCUGGCAGUCGACCAUGAGAGUGGCUCGCUCACCUAUGCAGAACUCGAUGUGGCCUCAUCGAACCUGGCUCGAAAGCUACAGCAAGAAGGAGUAGUACCUGGCGAGGCGGUGCUCUUACUCACCGAGCACGGCACCCGGAAUAUUGUCGCACUGCUUGCCAUCCUAAAGGCUCAUGCCUGCUAUGUCCCUCUGGACCGUAGCUCGUGGUCAUCCGAGCGGAUACAAGCCGUGCUGGACGGUACGGACAGCCGUAUUCUCAUCAACACAACCGUCGAACCGUUUGAAAGCCCACGGCACAAAGUGAUCCAUCUCACCAGUGCCGAUGUGGCCGCUCUAUCGACAGACCGCAGCAGCACCAAGGUCGUUCCCGAUAUCGCUCCCGAGGACCUCGCCUGUCUGAUCUUUACAAGUGGGAGCACUGGAGUUCCCAAAGGGGUCAUGAUUCCACACCGUGCAGUGGCCAAUUAUGCCCAGACCAGUCCUUUCAACAUGGAUGUGCAGCCGGGAGACCGAGUACUGCAUAUCCUGUCCGUAUCUUUUGAUGGCAACUCGGGCAUCGUGGUCCCUACGACGAUGGACACCCUCUUCGACAAAGCGCAGACCUGCUCGAUCCUCGCGUCGACCCCCUCGAUUCUGGCCACGCUACCGCUGCCAACGGCAUUGCCAGACAGCUACCCAUAUGUCCAUACCAUUCUGUUGGGCGGAGAGUCGCCACCAGCCCCCUUGUUGUCCAGCUGGCUUGAAUUUGGCGUCCGCAUCCUGAACGCAUACGGCCCCACGGAAACCACCUGUGCCUCGUUGAUGCAGGAAGUAGAGGUCUGCCAGGAGACAGGAAUGAUCAAUCGGAGUAUCAUCGGUUGUCCGAUGCCCAACGGGCCGGUAUACUUGCUGCAGCCGGACACUCUUCUGCCCAUCGAAGAGGAAGGCGAAGAAGGCGAGAUUGCGAUUGCAGGUGUCGGGCUGGCCCACGGCUACUACCGGAACGCCGCCCUGACAGCCGAGAAGUUUAUUGACUGGCACGGCAAGCGAGUCUAUCGCACUGGCGAUCAAGGACGCUGGACCCGUCGUAACGACGGCCAGCGCGUGGUCGAAUUCCGCGGCCGCACUGACCGAACAGUCAAGAAUCGCGGCUUUCUCGUCAAUCUGCCGGCCGACGUGGAGGAACCGCUACGCCAGAUGGGUUUCGGAGUCACUGACGUCUAUGCUUCAUUGGUCAACGGUCUUUUGGUUGUGCUGGUGACACCGUCCACUGCCGAUCUGGACGGCCUGCAGAGCGAGGCCCAGCGCCGACUCUCGGCGUUCCAUCGGCCGGGAAGAUACCUGGCUGUCGAUCAAUUUCCGCUGUCCGCCAAUGGAAAGAUUGACACCAAGGCAAUUGAGAACAUGCUGAAAGAGUACCAGGCGCGUGUCUGCGAGGCCACGGAAGAUGAAGAUACGACAGGGGCAGAGCGUCCUACGGAGCGCGAACAAAUUAUAGCCGAAUGCAUGUACACUGCUUUGGGCCUAGAGCUCCCGGUGGCGUCGACGUCCAAGGAUAUCAAUUUCUUCGCCGUGGGAGGUAACUCACUGGCUGCUCUUCGAUUCACCUCCUUGUGCCGGGAACGGGGCAUCCUUCUCACUACUCGCGAUCUGUACCUGCAUCCGACGGUUAGAGGCAUUCUUCCUUAUGCUCGCGACCUGGCUCGGCCUGGCCAGUCAGUGUCUGACAAAGAGGAGCAAAUCGACCACCGAGUAUCUCUCAAGGCAGAGGUCGCUGCUGCACUUCCACCCUUGGACGGAACGGUUCCAUCCGACACCGAGGUCGCUCCGUUGACCCCCCUGCAGUUGGAGCUGAGCGCUCCCAUCUUCCAAAGCGAUGGGACCAACACGAAUCAGCUGCGGCAGACAUACCCCAUGGCCAUGGCUGAUCGCAUUUGCAACGCAUGGCGGCAGGUCUGUCUUACCGAGCCCGUCUUUCGGACCCAGAUCGCGCUGGAUAUCGGGCCCGGCGUGCAGAUCGUUCACGCUCAGCCAAGGUGCCAGCCGCAGGAGAUCGUCUUCCGUCGGCGGGAGGACUACAACGCUGCCCUGAUCGAUCCUUCGCGCCUGGCUGUGGGACUCAGUAUGCGGUUGGAUUUUAUGAAAUUCAUGCCCAAUGACCACGACGACGAGGAGGGUGAGGUGACCAUUGUCUGGACGGCCCAUCACAGCUUGAUCGACGGCUACUCCCUGGGACUGAUUUUGGCGCGGGUGCAGCAGGCGGCGCAGGGGAUCACACCUUCCCUCCGCACUUCCUUUGUGGAUGCAGCAUGGAAUCUGCAGGGGAUCCAGAAACAGCGAGACGGCGAGGCACGGCAGUUCUGGGAGCAGUAUCUCCAGCCGGUGCGGUCACUCACGAGAACAGAGGUAAUGGCAACACCUGUAGCACAGGCGUACCUGGCUCAGGAGGUCCUAUUCAAGCAUGUCGGCGGCGUGGAUGAGCUGCACCGACUCGCGUCCAGCUGCAGCGUCACCCUGGCAGCUGUCUACUACACCGCAUGGGCCAUGGCCCUGGCUCGGACGGCCAAGGCGAACCUGGUAACUCUGGGAGUGGUCUUCUCCGGCCGUGAGGUCCUUCCAGACGAUGCGCACGCCGUCGGGCCAUUAAUGGCCACCCUGCCACUCGUAUGCCGCCUCGAGGCAGACGCAUCCAUUGAGCGCCAGCUGCAGACCACGCUCGAAGGUCUGGCAACUAUUAGCGCCUUCGCCUGGUCUGCCCCCGAUCAGAUCGGGUACCGGGUGGAGUCUCUCCUAGCGACACAAUAUGAUUUCCCGGCCUACGACCAACACAUCCCGCCUCAGAAGGAGCAGUUCUUUGAGAACACGACCUUUGCGUUGAGUCUACUUGUCGAAGCGGAUGCUCAUUUCCGUUUGGUGUACAACCCUUCCGUGCACGGCGAGCAGACGGUGCAACAGUAUGCCGACACAUUCCAACAGGCACUCAAGGUGCUGGUACAUGAUUCGACUCUGGAGGCGUGGCUCACGGGGCCGACGAAGACACCCCUUGCGGUCGAUCAGCCUUCUGAUCUCGAACAGGAUAAUGUACCCAAUGUGGCGGCGGCGUUCUAUGCGUCGGUCGACCUUCACGAGGAUUUGGUAGCCGUGGACGGGCCUGGAGCCUCCCUAUCCUAUCGGGCCCUGGAUCAAAAGUCCAACGCGGUGGCGUCGCAUAUUGCAAAACAUUUCCCCAGCGCCCAAGUCAUUGCCAUCCAUGCCGAUGGAACCCUCAACUGGGUGGUGGGUAUCUUGGGUAUCCUGAAAGCCGGCUGCGCAUACUGUCCGCUCGACCCUGCCUAUCCAAUGGCGAGACGGGUCGCCGUUUACGAGCAAAGCGGUGCCAGCGCGCUCUUGAUCCCUAAUGCCUGCUCGUCGACUGCGGCGAUCCUGCCAAUAACGGACCUUCGCGUCUUCACGCUUCAAGAAUGCGAGACAGCGGACACGAGCAGGCAACUGUCGCUCCUGGUCAACGCAAACGAGGAUGCCCUCAUCGUCUUCACCUCUGGCACAACCGGCCGCCCCAAGGGGGUUCCGAUCAGUCAUCGGGGGCUUCUAGCUUUGCAGUCGAAUCCCGAAGCCACCAUGUUCAGCCGCCCCGGCCGUCGUAUUGCUCAGUUCAUGUCGCCUGCGUUCGACUACUGCUCCAACGAGAUUUUCUCUGCGUUGCUCCAUGGCGGCACGCUGGUGCUUCGUGACCCGUCCGACCCUCUGGCCCAUCUGGCCAAGGUCGAUGUGUCAACAAUUACUCCUUCUGUGCUCAGCGUCCUGAAUCCAGACGACUAUCCUAACCUUGACAUGGUCUACGCGACAGGAGAGCCCGUCACUCCGGGCUUGCUCGCUCGGUGGGGCGAGGGUCGAGCAUUCUACAACGCCUAUGGCCCUGCAGAGUGUUCUAUCUGUACGUCGUUUACACGCCUAGUGCCCGGCCAGCAGGUCACCAUCGGAAACGCCAUUCGCACCGCGCGAAUGUACAUCUUGGACCCCGAUCUGCAGCACGUGUCUGAAGGCCAGACCGGAGAGAUCUUCCUAGCUGGACAACAGGUGAUGCGAGGCUACGUGGGAGACGACGCCAAGACUGCUUACAGCGUGCUGCCGGAUCCCUGGCAUCCUGGUGAACGGAUGUAUCGCACGGGCGACUACGGCUACUGGAACGCUGACAACCAGAUUGUCUACAUAGGACGGCUGGACCGGCAGGUCAAAAUCCGCGGCUUCCGCGUCGAGCUCGCGGCGGUCGAGCAGAAGAUGUAUCAGGAGGAGCCACGGCUCACCCAGGCGGCUGCUCUCGUUGUCAAUGAUACCCUGGUGGCCUUUGUCAUGCCGCACGACGUGGAUGUCAGCCGCCUGGAGCAGCGACUGCGCGAGUCGCUCCAACCCAGCUGGGUGCCCCAGGUGAUCACCGCGCUCGAAGAGUUCCCCUGGACGGCCAACCGGAAGGUCGACUACCGCAAGCUGGCGGAGAGAGCCACCCUCACACGGCCGGAGGAAGCCCUGCCGCGGCAAAAGACGAGUGCAGCGACCAUGGCAAAGGAUGCUUCCAUCGCAGACGGCGUUGCAACCCUGUGGAAGAACGUGUUGCGUCUGCAGGCGAGUGGUGGCGCUCGCAAGCUCUGUGAAGACGAUGAUUUCCGCGCGCUGGGAGGUCACUCCGUUCUGCAGAUGAUGCUGGCGGCUCGCCUCGGCAGCACCUUUGGCAUCUCCGUGUCCAUGCGCGAUGUGAUUGAACACCCCACCCUGGCCGAGCAGGUCGAGCUGGUGCGCCGCAAACGUCAGGCCUCGGCGUCCAAGCCGCGGACCAUCUGCGACGCGUUUCCCGAUCAUUGCCUGUCGCCGUUGGAGAGGCAAACGUGGUUCCAAUACCUGAUCGCCUCUGACGUGCGCACAUUCAAUAUCCCCGUUCUCCUGCACCUCAGCGGGGCCUUUGAUCGUGACCGUCUAGUCCAGUCCUUCAACUCCGUGUUGGCCUCGCGCAAGGUCUUCCGCACCAACUUUGUCGAGACGUCGCUCGGACCGUGUCGAAUCUUCCGUGACACAGCGCCACGAGUCCUCGUGUGCGACGGCGCACUCGACACAGCCAAGGAGGUCGACCGGGGCUUCGACUUGGCUCGUGAUGAGCUCAUCCGGGUCUUCCUAGACCGUCGCACCCUGCUUGUGGUCACGAGCCACGCCGUCGCCGACCUCAACAGCGUGCAGAAUCUGCUGCAGGAAGUGUCUGCCGUGUAUACGGGAAGAACGACCCCAACAGCAGACCGAUGGCAGUAUCCUCGGGCACCAGCUUGGUCGCGCCAGGUUACAGAGCAGGAACGGAAGUUCUGGUCCAAGUACCUCGAGGAUGCUCCCCGGCGCCUGGACAUCCCGCGGUAUCCGGGCCAGAUGACGUUCGAAGGCCGUUCCCGAGUGUCCGAAUUCAAGGGAGACCUCGUGCGACGCGUCGUCGCCUUGGGCCAAGAGUACGGCAUGAGCCAGCACCAGUUGGUAUGUGCCGCCGUGGCACAGACGCUUCAGUGGCUCGCCGGCUCCAACGACGUCGUGCUCGGUUCUCCGUGGGCCAACCGCGGCCACGCCGUGGAGCAAGAGUCGAUGGGCCUGUUCCUCGAUCGCCUGCCUCUUCGUUUCAAAACACCCGUCAAUGCAGACUGCGCCACCAUCCUGCAGUCUACCCGCGAAGCGAGCCAAGCGGCCGUCUGCAAUGCCAUUCCGUUCGAGCAGGUCCUGAACCUCCUCCACCAGCCCCGAACCAUUCGGCAACACCCGCUCUUCGAAGCCAUGGUCACCUUCCACCUCAAACGGGCGGUGGAGGAUUGUCUCGCCAUCGAGGGACUGGAGAUAAAACGCGAAAUGUGCUUUGCGUCGGGGGCCAAGUUCCUGCUCAUGUUCGAAUGGACCGAGAUCGAGACGGACCAUUGGACCCUGCGCAUCGAGUACGAUGAUCACCAGCUGGACGAGGCAACCAUCACCACAAUCGAGGAAAGUGUCCGGUGUGUCCUUGAAGCGCUGGCCGAGCGCCUAUCUCGAGCGGCCAUCCACGAACGCCUGGAUGCGAUGAACAGCACGGCCAAGACCAAAGUCGACUGGAAUUUCUACCGCCGUCUGGUUGGAAUUCUGCGGCGCGAGAUGGCCUCCUGCUUGGGUAUCUCGCUGGACGAGUUUCCCUGCUCCGUCUCCUUCUUUGAGGCAGGCGCUGAUUCGAUUCAAGCCUGGCGGUUAAGCCGUCAGUUGAAACGGGUUGGGCUGGACGUGCCCAUUUGCAACAUCUUCGAUCAUCCGUCGGCGCAGGAUCUGGCUCAGCGUCUUUAUCGUCAGGUACUUUAA